UCUUAUCACGCACCGCCAUAUUGUAGGAAGGCAAUGUGGUAAAUGAAUAAGAAAAUAUAAUAUUACACAUCUGCGGUUGGUUUUUAGAUUCAUUCGACGCUUUGUGCCUUUGGAUUAUACCUACAUAGUUAGAAUUUACCCUUAAGGUACCACUGAAGAUCUGUCGCAUACUAUUACAAGUGUUUUAGGCACUAGCCAUGCCGACUCCCAAACGGCUGCGUGACCUUAUUCGGGAAAUCCGGUCUGCCCGUACUGCCGCAGAUGAGAGAUCAGUCGUCAACAAGGAAUGUGCCGCAAUUCGAGAUUCAUUCCGAGAUGAGGACAACACCUACAGAUGCCGCAAUGUGGCCAAGCUUCUAUACAUACACAUGUUGGGAUACCCGGCCCACUUUGGUCAGCUGGAAUGUCUGAAGCUGAUUGCCUCACCUCGUUUCACAGACAAAAGAAUUGGCUACCUUGGUGCCAUGUUGCUUCUGGAUGAGAGACAAGAUGUCCACCUUCUUGUCACAAACUCUCUCAAGAACGACCUGAAUCAUCAAACCCAGUAUAUUCAGAGCCUGGCCCUGUGUACGCUAGGAUCAAUAUGCUCUGUGGAGAUGAGCAGGGACCUGGCCGGAGAGAUAGAGAAAAUGAUCAAAUCUUCAAAUGCCUACAUAAAGAAAAAGUCCAUAUUGUGUGCAUUCCGCAUCAUCCGGAAAGUUCCAGAUCUCAUGGAGAUGUAUAUUCCUGCAACACGCUCACUGCUCAAUGAGAAGAAUCACGGUGUGCUCCUCACGGCCGUGUGUCUGAUCACAGAGAUGUGCGAGAGAAGCCCAGACACCCUGCAUCACUUCAGGAAGGGGUCUAGACAUGACCUUGUGCCCCAGCUAGUCAGAAUACUGAAGAACCUCAUCAUGGCGGGCUACUCCCCAGAACAUGACGUGUCUGGAGUCAGCGACCCCUACCUGCAGGUGAAGAUAUUGCGCUUGUUGAGAAUUCUGGGUAAAAGCGAUACAGAGGCCAGUGAAACAAUGAAUGAUAUUCUAGCACAGGUUGCCACGAACACAGAUACAAGUAAGAACGUGGGACAUGCGAUUCUGUACGAGAUUGUACUGACAAUAAUGGGCAUCCAAUCAGAAGCCGGAUUGAGGGUACUUGCUGUAAAUAUCCUGGGGAGAUUCCUUCUAAAUAAUGAUAAAAAUAUUAGGUAUGUUGCCCUCAACACGUUGUUGCGAGUCGUGCAGGCUGAUUACAAUGCGGUACAGAGACAUCGAACAACGAUUGUUGACUGCCUCAAAGACCCGGAUAUCUCCAUUAGAAGACGUGCAGUUGAGUUGUCGUUUGCGUUGAUCAACUCCAACAAUGUGCGUGGCAUGAUGAAAGAACUCCUCCACUUCCUGGAGAACUGCGAUCUAGAGUUCAAGCCAGACUGCUGCUCAAACAUCAUCAUGGCAGCCACAAAAUAUGCACCCAACAAGAGAUGGCACAUAGACACAGUUAUGAAAGUUCUGACAACAGCUGGUAACAGUAUGCGAUCCGAAAUUGUGUCCACACUGAUCCAGCUGAUUUCUGAGGCUACGUCUUUACAUGGCUACACAACUGUCCAGCUGUUCAAGGCCAUUCGAGAUGACCAAUCUCAGCAGCCUCUAGUGCAGGUUGCCGCCUGGUGUAUCGGAGAGUAUGGUGAACAGAUCUUCUCCGAGACCAUUGAAGAUGAGCCUCCAUUGAAUGCAACAGAGGAGGAUGUGGUGCGAGUGUUGGAGAAAAUCCUGGCUGGCAGUAAUUCCUCCAUCAUCACCAAGGAGUACGCCAUCACCGCCAUCAUGAAGCUCAGCUCCAGACUCCCACGCAUUGUACCGAACAUCCAGCGUGUGUUGGAGGUGUACGGAAGCCACACUGAUGUGGAGCUGCAGCAGAGAUCCGUGGAGUUCACCUGCCUCUUCAAUAAGCAUGAUCACAUGAGGUCUGCCCUGUUGGAGCGGAUGCCUCUGCUGGACCAUGCCAAGUGUCGCAACAUGAUGGAGAACGGGGAGAUGGCCAACAUCACAGAGGAGGAUGACCUGCUCAACACCAACAUGGUGGAAAGGACCAAUGCCAUGAACCUGCAGAACAAUCAACAGACAGAGUCGGCCAAUAUUCUGGAUAUUCUGGGUAAUGGCAUCUCAAGUCCGGGCAACAUCACAAGCGAGCCAGAAAAGAGCAGCGGUGUUGAUGACCUCCUUGACCUUCUGGGUGACCUUGGGCCAAUCAGCUCUCCAACAAACUCCGUGCCGGUGCCUCAGAACAACCUCAUGGAGGGCUUCAUACAGCCGUCCCAGCAGCCCCUCAGCAACCAGAUGAAUGGAGGCACAGGCUUCCCGCCAAUUGUGGCUUUCAACAAGAAUGGGCUGCUCCUGGAGUUCAAAUGUGAGCGUGAUGGAGGCCGAGCUGAAGUCACCAUCAUCAACAUGAAAGCCACCAACUCCUCUCCUACUCCAAUCUCAGAGUUUGUUUUCCAGGCAGCCGUUCCAAAGUCAUUCCAGCUGCAACUUCAGUCGCCCUCGGGUAACGCUCUGCCACCAAUGAAUGAUGGGUUUGUGGAACAAGUCAUCUGCAUCCAGAACCCCUCCAAGCAAGCCCUUCGAAUGAGGAUACGAAUGACAUACACCCAAAGUGGAAAUGCUAUUACAGAGAUGGGUGAAGUUUCCAAUUUUCCCCAAGGCCUAUGGCAAUAGCAUAGUGGUUGGCUGUUCUGUAGAGAUGACAAGUUUGCCCAGUCAUGGCUUCAAGUCUUUCAUGGAUGCCAAGUUUUGUAUAGUGAGUUCUUGGGAGCUGUAAAUCAAGUCCGGGACAGUUUCUCCAUGAUGGACUGACACACAACUGGAAGUGACUGAAUUCCAAGGCAGAUCUGAUGUUGUGGGCCUGCCAAGCUGAAUUGUGUGCUAAUAAUUUGAUGUUAAUCAGAUCUCGCAGUGCUAAAUUUUGUCUGUCAACCACUCCUCUGAUCAACUGGUGGAUAUUCACUGACUUCAGCAGUUAAUCAUGAACCAGGUACCUAUGUCGUUAUAGGUAUGUUUGAAAUCUUAUCUUAGUAUUUGUAGCCUGUAUGCUUCGCUCCAUGCUACGGACGUCGGCCUUGUUGUGAACAUGUUUAUUUAUAAGAAAUUUGGACAGAGGAAAUGCACAUGGAACAGAACUAUCACAUAUUUAUGUUUUGUUUUUGUUUUCAAGAUGGGCACAGAACAGUAAAAUGCAACGUUUGUAUUUUCUGUCACAUAGUUUGUGUUUAUUUUGUAUAUACUAUUGAUUAUAGUCGAACAGUGCAUGCAAGUCUGUUGGUGAACUCCGAUGUAUAAUCACCCACCUCGCCAUCAUCAACAUGCUGUGACGCCUUCAUUCACCAUCAUUGUAGGAAUACCCAAGGCAUUGAGUAGAACAAAUAGUAGAUCAAAAUAUGCAUGAUUGAAAUUGUAAUUAAUAAAUAUUUGUAUAUUCUUUAAUUUAUAUAAUCUGCCUGGAGAAGAUGUACAUAAGAUCUAAUACUGACUGUACAAUAUUCCUAUAUACGUCAUAUUUAUGAUUGAUAAUACGUGGGUCACUGUGGCAAUAUAUCUGGGUAAUUGCUCUUUUGGAGUGGAAGGAAAAGGGAUAGAUGUGAGUGGUUACUGUUUCUCAUGGUUGAUUUGCAUGUUAGAUCUGAAAUUAAGUUUCAUGCGACGAAACAGAUGUUGAGUUAUUAUUAGGUUCAAUCUGCUUCUUAAAGGGGGAUUAUGAUUAGGGCAGAUGGGCAGUCCCAUUUAGUUUUAUUUGUUUCAUUGUAAACUCACUGUCUUAAUUUUUCUGGCGUAUAUCAAUCUCACAGUUAAUUAUUAUCUGUAUGACACACACAGUGUCUCAGUUUCGCAUAUAGCUUUAAUUACAGUCUCGAGACCUUGAGACUUGAAAUGUGCACCAGACCACUGAGCAGAGUGCACCUUUAAGACCUUUUCUUGCAAGUUAGGCAUGAAUAUGAAAGACUUCUCUCAGUCUGAAGGUCACAAAGGAAACAAAAUCACCCAUUUAUUAAAACUUUGGCAAGAAGCAAAUAGUGUCCGCUGUGCAAGGGAUCAUCAUCAGUUUGGAAUGAGCUUUAGAAUGUAUUUAUCAGUAUGCCCUGCCUUUAGCCAAGAUAUGCAAGUAGCAAUGUGUCUUGUACUAUCAUAUGAUGAGGUCACCAUUGGACAGAUGUAUCGACACCUCAGGAGUCUUUCAGGAUUCAUGCUGAGGAGGACAGUUCAGUUGCUUUGAUGGUAUCUUUUGCAGCAAGUUGCUUUGAGAGUAUUUUUGGUGACAAGAGGACAUUAUUGCCUCUUGUACUAAGGACUUUUGUGUGACACAGGACUUGGUUUGAUUAUGUUGGUCUAGAACCCAUUUAUUGUUGAUGGAGGGGCUGUCUUAAACUUUGUCUUAUGUUGCAGAGAACAGGGUUGCAACAGGUUUGGCAAAUGAAUCCAUUGACAGGGUGUAAGGUACUUCAAACCCAAUGACUUUCCUUGUAAGUCAAAAGGACAGUAGCAAAAACACUACCAUCCAUUUGUUUACUUGGAAGUGUCUCCUGUUGCAUGUCACUUGCUCAAUGCAUGACAGCUUUCAGCAUUGCCAUUUCUAGGACUGUUGCAAUAGGGUUAGUUAUCCUUGAGCAGGAGUUGCAGAAAAGUGGUCCUGUGCUUGAAAUGUUUGGAUUUAUCUGGAGGAAUCCUGAAUCGUGCAAUCUCACCUUUGUUGACUUUCCUGCAUUAAAGAAUGAGUGAAAAUGUGACGUCGCAUCCGCAAUAUUUCAGCCAUAUAGCAAAAGGACAUUCAGUGCACUGAGGAUACAGCAUGAAAGGUUUAGAUUAAGAUUGUCCUAUCCAAAUACUGACUUAUCUUUUGGAUUAUUUUAUAACCGGUAAGAGCUUUGUGUCGAUAGAUCCCUGUUCUGUGGCUGCAUGUGUCCCUGGUUGGCCUCUGAGUCGGCUGUUUGUCGAUCUGAAUGUCUGCAUUUCAUCAAAUCAUCUCAUGAUGUCAUUCCAACCCUUGUCUACACAUUCUUCAUAUUAAAGUCAAUACCGUCAGGUUCAACACAGGCAGUGGUUCAUGUUUUCAUAUAUUAUCACUAUUUAUUUUCCAGCUAGAAAAUGUCUUCUCACCAAGGUAAUACUAUUUUUAUCAUGAGUAUUAUUUGUGCAGAUUGAUCCUAAAACUUUGAAACUAAGGGUCAUGGAACCUUGAAUAUUGUCAUAAUCUUUUUUAAAGUUCCAUUUAUAUUCUUUCAGGCCUGCUUUCCAACAAGACCUGACUGUAAAAUAUGGCUAUUGAUUUUGUUGUGAUUGUUUUGUGCUAUUGUUGUCACAGAAUGCAUGUUCUAGACCAGGAAGAUGGUGUACAUAUUCAGAUAAAAUUGCUAUUUGUAAAAUUCAGCUGUGCUUUGUAGAUACCGGAUGAAGUAUUGAUAAGACUGUAUAUAUGAACUAAGCCUGUCUGUGUAAAAUACUGUUUUUCUGUGCAAAGUGGUCAAUCACCACCGUGAUGAAGAGCUAUGGUUCAUUAUUAUCCUUCCAAAUAAAAAUUCAUGUCCAAAUA